GGCCCAGAGCGCAGCCCGCGCCCCCCGCGCGGAGCCAGGCCCGCUGCCGUCCCCGCCGCCCGGGCCCCCGGCAUGCAGCCCCGGCUGCGGAGGUGACACUCACGGACCCGAGCCGCCGCCGCCGCCAUCGCCACCAUGGACGAACAGGAGGCAUUGAACUCAAUCAUGAACGAUCUGGUGGCCCUCCAGAUGAACCGACGUCACCGGAUGCCUGGAUAUGAGACCAUGAAGAACAAAGACACAGGUCACUCAAAUAGGCAGAAAAAACACAACAACAGCAGCUCAGCCCUUCUGAACAGCCCCACAGUAACAACAAGCUCAUGUGCAGGGGCCAGUGAGAAAAAGAAAUUUUUGAGUGACGUCAGAAUCAAGUUUGAGCACAAUGGGGAGAGGCGAAUUAUAGCAUUCAGCCGGCCUGUGAAAUACGAAGAUGUGGAGCACAAGGUGACAACAGUAUUUGGACAACCUCUUGAUCUACAUUACAUGAACAACGAGCUCUCCAUCCUGCUGAAAAACCAAGAUGAUCUUGAUAAAGCAAUUGACAUUUUGGAUAGAAGCUCAAGCAUGAAAAGCCUUAGGAUAUUGCUGUUGUCCCAGGACAGAAACCAUAACAGUUCCUCUCCCCACUCUGGGGUGUCCAGACAGGUGCGGAUCAAGGCUUCCCAGUCUGCAGGGGAUAUAAAUACUAUCUACCAGCCCCCCGAGCCCAGAAGCAGACACCUCUCCGUCAGCUCCCAGAACCCUGGCCGAAGCUCACCUCCCCCUGGCUAUGUUCCUGAGCGGCAGCAGCACAUUGCCCGGCAGGGGUCCUACACCAGCAUCAACAGUGAGGGGGAGUUCAUCCCAGAGACCAGCGAGCAGUGCAUGCUGGAUCCCCUGAGCAGUGCAGAAAAUUCCUUGUCUGGAAGCUGCCAAUCCUUGGACAGGUCAGCAGACAGCCCAUCCUUCCGGAAAUCACGAAUGUCCCGUGCCCAGAGCUUCCCUGACAACAGACAGGAAUACUCAGAUCGGGAAACUCAGCUUUAUGACAAAGGGGUCAAAGGUGGAACCUACCCCCGCCGCUACCAUGUGUCUGUGCACCACAAGGACUACAGUGAUGGCAGAAGAACAUUUCCCCGAAUACGGCGUCAUCAAGGCAACUUGUUCACCCUGGUGCCCUCCAGCCGCUCCCUGAGCACAAAUGGCGAGAACAUGGGUCUGGCUGUGCAAUACCUGGACCCCCGUGGGCGCCUGCGGAGUGCAGACAGCGAGAAUGCCCUCUCUGUGCAGGAGAGGAAUGUGGCAACCAAGUGUGAGGAGCUGUCCCUGGCUAGGAGGAGACUGCCAAGGCGUUCUCAGACAAGCUACAGGGGCAUAGCAGCUGGGCCCCUUGGACCCUUAGGCUCAGCAGCUCCCAGUGCCCCCAUCAAUUGGCGCCGGGGAAAGCUCCUGGGCCAGGGUGCCUUCGGCAGGGUCUAUUUGUGCUAUGACGUGGACACGGGACGUGAACUUGCUUCCAAGCAGGUCCAGUUUGACCCAGACAGUCCUGAGACAAGCAAGGAGGUGAGUGCUCUGGAGUGCGAGAUCCAGUUGCUAAAGAACUUGCAGCAUGAGCGCAUCGUGCAGUACUAUGGCUGUCUGCGGGACCGUGCUGAGAAGACCCUGACCAUCUUCAUGGAGUACAUGCCAGGGGGCUCGGUGAAAGACCAGUUGAAGGCUUAUGGUGCUCUGACAGAGAGCGUGACCCGAAAGUACACGCGCCAGAUCCUGGAGGGCAUGUCCUACCUGCACAGCAACAUGAUCGUUCACCGGGACAUUAAGGGAGCCAACAUCCUCCGAGACUCUGCUGGGAAUGUAAAGCUGGGGGACUUUGGGGCCAGCAAACGCCUGCAGACGAUCUGUAUGUCGGGGACGGGCAUGCGCUCCGUCACUGGCACACCCUACUGGAUGAGCCCUGAGGUGAUCAGCGGCGAGGGCUAUGGAAGGAAAGCAGACGUGUGGAGCCUGGGCUGCACUGUGGUGGAGAUGCUGACAGAGAAACCACCGUGGGCAGAGUAUGAAGCUAUGGCCGCCAUCUUCAAGAUUGCCACCCAGCCCACCAAUCCUCAGCUGCCCUCCCACAUCUCUGAACAUGGCCGGGACUUCCUGAGGCGCAUUUUUGUGGAGGCUCGCCAGAGACCUUCAGCUGAGGAGCUGCUCACACACCACUUUGCACAGCUCAUGUACUGAGCUCUUAUGGCCACGCAGCUGCCAGUUGCCCUUUGCUGCAUGGCAGGGGGCUGCUGCAGGGCUCAGUGAAGUUGCUGCUUCUCCCAGGCAAGGCUGUGGACCAUGGAGUGGCAGCCCAGCCAGUGUCAGUCUGUGCCCUUCCGCCACUGGGGCUCAGAGCUGGGGUGGGGUGGCUGCAGCCUCAGGACUGGGAGCCCCCAGCCUGGCAGAUCCAGGAGCUCCAGUGUCCUGAGCUCAGUGUGGAGGGGUCGGGGCUGGAAACAGUGUGCAAGGCGGCCAUGGGCCCCACCCUCGGGGAUAUGUCCUGACACUGCAAUCGGCACCGAAGCCCAGAGGGUCUGGGGGCACGGGACCGAUGCCAGGGUAGGAAGAGUGUUAUUUUCAUUCAAAGUGUUACUUUGUUUUUCCUUCAAAUGUCUGGAGACCACCAGGGCGUCUCUGGGCUGGAUGAGCUCCCAAAAGCCUGAGGGAAAGGCCAGCACUCGCUAGCAGUGGCAGGCAGAGGCCCAGGCUGCCGUCCCCUAGAGCCCAGGUUGGCUCUGCCAGUCCUGUCCUUUACCAAAGAUGAAUGAAGCAAAUGUCAUGCUGCCUUAUUCAGGGAAGGAGGAGCCUGUCCUGCUUGUGGCCAUGACCCUGCCUCUCCCAGGCAGGGGCCCGCGAUGUGGAACUCCUGCCACUGAGGGGGGAUCCAGUUUUGUCAAUGCAGUUGUCUCUGUUUUACAAGUCGGAGUCACUCUUAUGCUGUACCCAGUUUCUAAACUGGAGACUGUGUGUGCCCUCUGGGUUCUGAGUACCCCUGCUGUGGGCUUGGGCCUAGGCUGCAUUGGAAAGGGCUGAAGGUUGUGGCCUUUGUGCUCCUGGCCCAGUCUUUGUUCCCCACUGAAGCAGAAGGGGAGAUGGACAACAUGGGGGCAUCUGGCCCGGCUGGUGCCCUGAUCCCAGAGAGCCCGAGGAGGUGUCUCAGGCUGUCUGAGUCGUGGCCUGCUAGGCCAGAGCCCACUCCAUCUGGUAGAAGGGAAAGCCCAUGUGCUACCACCAGCUGUGUCCAAAACCGCCAGCUCUCUUCCAUAGCCAGCCUUGCCCAUCCCCUUGAGGUCUCAGCCCCUUUCCCUUGUAGCUUCUCCCCUGGAGGGGGAAUGGCAGCAGGGGUUGGGGAAACAGCAUCUCCAAGCAGCUUAGAGUUGGCCAUAUUUACCUCAGCCUGGGUGCUGGUCCUUUCUUCCGGCCCCUCCCCUCCAAAAUGUGCCUAUUGCUAGAGCUCCUCCCUCUCAACACCCAGUUUCCUUGGGAGUUGUCAUUAAAGGAAAAAAAAAAAAGCCAGUGCCCAGGGAUGGGCAUCUCCAGGGAGCUGGGGAUUAGUGCCAGGCAGCCCUGCCAGCCAUGCCUAUAUCCCCACGGGCACAGAACAAGCCAAAGCCUUCGUUGUAUGUUGACGAUGCACUUUUAUGAAUGUAGUUUCUAUCGCUGUUUUUAGCCUUUUCACAUCAUGUAAUGUGAGGCCUUGUACUUGUUAAUUUAUAUCUCAGAUCAUAUUUGAUGGUUUUUAUAUAUAUCAAUUCUAGACUGUUACAGGUGAUGGACGCCUCGAGAGAGAGAAGAGAAAAUGAAAGCAGCUGGUUUUGCAGAAAUGUGUGUCGCAUGCGCCAGUUGGGCCUGGACCCUCCUGUGUCCAUCCCUUUUCCCCCAGGGGAUCUAUCAGCCCCUGCACCCCGCACUGCCCUCUGAAGACAGCACAGGCUCCUGCUUCCACCUCGGCCCUUGCCCAGGGUGGGGCCUGGCCGUCAUCUCGACCAAAGCUGCUGUGUGGCAGCUCGGCCUCUCCACAACCCCAUCCUGCUGGCUGCACACUCUUCCUGGCCCGCACCCCCAUCCCCAGUCCCUGUUCCCCAAGAGGAUACAGAGCACGGUGCUGGCUGACUCGACUGUGUCCCAGGUUCAGGCUCUUACAGAGCUCUACCCCCUGGGGUCUUACCUCACUGGGAAUGUGUUUUGAAAAUGAAGACAAGCCAACAAACCCUGCACUCCAAAACAAAACAGAUCCUAAUUUUUUUGUGCCAAAAACUGUGGACAUGCUGGCUCAGCAUCCUCAGGACCAAGUUGUUGCUUAAUUUUAAUUUAUUGUUUUUUAAUAACUAAUCCAGAUAAAAAAGUUGUGGGGCUUCAGGGUGACCUGGGCCCAAAGGUUCUGAAGGGCAGUUUCCUGGCAGCCCCAGGCUUGCUGUGGGAAGGGGCCGUGCUGUCACUCUCAUCAUUCCAUGGGGUGUGUCUGCCUGGGUCAACUCCGCAUGGAGAGGCCAGGGCUGGGGACAGUCCGCACUCUGCCGCCCUCCUGCCCCUCCCGUGCACCCCAGCUCUGUGUCUGUUUGAAUUGUGGAUUGUGUAGCCAUGGUUAUUGUGGAACUGUGGAACCUGCAGCCAUAGUUAUUUGACUAUAUCUUGACCGAGGGCUUGCAGUGCAAAGCCAGGCCAGUGUUGCGCAUUACUUACAAUAAAAGGGAUCAUUUAUA